AUGGGCAUCAAGGGACUGCGACAGGCCGUAGCGGCACACAUGAGGGAGGGACAUGUCAAGGAGAUUGCCGGCAAGACUGUGGUGUGCGAUGGACACGCAUGGCUGCACAAGGCGGCGUUUGGAUGCGCUUUUGACAUUGCCAUGGGCAAACCGACUGACAAGUACAUCGAGUACUGCAUGCACCUUGUGAACAUGCUCAAGUUCUAUGGCGUCACCCCCAUUAUCGUGUUGGACGGGCGUUCUCUUCCCGGAAAGGCUCGCGUCAACAGCGAGCGAAAUGCAAGGAGGGAGAGCCAGCGGGCGCUGGGCAUGGAGCUGCUGCGCCGCGGGGAUCGUUCAGGAGCCUUGAAGUGCUUGCAGCAGUCCAUCCAUGUGACGGCAGAGAUGGCACAUGCGUUCCAUGCGCGCCUGCAGAGCGAGAAAGUGACAUGCAUCGUGUCGCCGUACGAGGCCGAUGCACAGAUGUCGUACAUGGUGAGAAAGGGGAUGGCUCAGGCUGUGAUCUCGGAGGACAGCGACAUGGUUCCCUUUGGGGUUGACAUGAUACUCUACAAGAUGGACACGAGCGGGAGCUGCUGCAUCUUCGAGAACAAGCCUCUCGGGGAGGGGAACAAGAAGUCAAUGGACGUCAGCAAGCUGAGCGGAGACGCGAGGAUCCAUAUGUGUAUCCUUGCUGGGUGCGACUAUCUACAGAGCAUCCCAGGGAUUGGCAUCCAGAAGGCCUACGGGCUGAUCAGGGAGCACGGGGACGGAAAAAAGGCGAUAGAGGCUCUGAGAAAGCAUCCCAAGAUGAAGGAGAAGGUACCGGAUGGGUACGAGGACGCGUUCGAGCGAGCGGAGAAGCUUUUCAAACACCAGUGGGUCUACGAUAUGGAGGAGAGGAAGUUGGUCAACAUGACGCAAGUCCCGGAGGAU